AUGAUAACUUUAAAAGGGCAUGCAACCUCAAAUAUGAAAAACGGUACCCCCACAGCUCAUCAAAAUGAUGUCAGCUCUGAUGAAAGAGGUUCAGGUGAUUUUGUGGCUUUAGCCAACGGAAUGCCCUUGGAUGUACAGUCAAAAUCUGAGAAUCCUGAUGCGACUACCAAUAGAGGAGAAUGGAAGAACAGUUGGGGUUUCGACAAGGAGGACCACACCCAAAAUUUUGUUGAGGGUUCUGAGCCUGAUAUACUCUCCGAUGGACACCAGAAAUGCCCUAGGCAAAGUGAGGAAAGUAAUGGGACUGACAAGAGCCUUGGUGAUCAGGAUAAUGGUGAAGGUGACGAUAAUGGAAAGGAUCAGGAAAGUGAGGAUAGCGAGAGUGGUGAGGGCACUGAUGAAAGCGAUGAAACUGAUGCUAGUGAGAUUAGUGAGGAUGAUGAUGAGGAAGAGGACGAAGAGCCUCCAAUACUUCAGUAUUCUAGGGUAACGAAAUUGCCAAAAACCUUUUUCACAAGAGACUCCAUUUCUGCUUGCCAGUUUCACGACAAAGUAUUCAUUUUCGCAACUCACGCUGGUUUUCUGCAUUUUACCGAGCCCGAUUUUACAACAAUCCGCACUUUUAAAUGUCACAGAUCGUCGAUCACUUCCGUGUACACCGAUGGAGAGUUAUUUGCGUCGUCGUCCAUCGAUGGUACAGUUGUCAUUGGAUCGGUUCGUGAUGGCUCAGAUCUUCUUGCUUGUGAUUUCAAGAGGCCAGUUCAUGCUGUUGUGCUGGAUGAAAAAUACAAGACGACAAAGACAUUCGUCUCUGGGGGCAUGGCUGGCGAAGUUAUCUUGUCACAAAGAAACUGGCUUGGAAAUAGAGUAGAUGUCACAAUCGAAAAGUCCCAUGGCCCUAUUGUUGGAAUAUACACGGUAGACGAUGUGCUCUUUUGGAUGAAUGAUGCUGGAAUCACCUUUUAUAGCAUCUCGUCAAAGAUGAAGCUAUUACAAGUCCCAUUUCCGCGCGAUGAACAAGGGACUAGACCAGACCUAUACUGGCCCUCUGUGCAUUUCCCUGAAACUGACCGCAUAAUUGUUGCUUGGGCCAAACACAUUUGGACCUUCAAGAUCUCGCUCACUAAAUUUUCCACUCACGGUCACCAUCUGGGAUCCAUUCUUUCAAGUGCUGCUUCAAGUUUAAGAGCUACCCCAGAUAAAAAAGUUGAGCAGGAUCAUUAUUUGUACCUUUCUCUCACCUUGGCAGGCGCGGUGGCUUUUCGCAAUGACCAACUACUUUGUCUCGAGGUUGCAACUAGUGAAGGCUCCAAAGAUAAUAUGAACUGUCCUCAGCUUAGAGUUAUAGAUAUGCUCACUGGCGAAGAAGUUCAUGGAGAUGAAGUUGUGUUUAAGAAUUACCAAAACCUGAAUGUGAACGACUACCACCUAGGAAAGCAUAUUGGUAAGAUUUCAACGGAGUAUUUCAUGAUUAGCUCGAGUGAUGCAAUAUCGGCCCAUGAACUCUCGCUGCGGGAACGAUUUGAGUGGUUUAUAGAUAAUGGAAGAGACUACGAUGCAUGGAGGACUGGUUUGUUUGCUGUUGGCCAGAAAGAAAGACUCGAUGCAGGCGUGCGUCACAUCGAGAGUCUAAUUACCGCCAAAGAGUGGGAAGAAGCUGCCUCAGCUAUUACUGAAAUCUUUACCAACGUCAAUUUACAAGAAGAAGACGCUGAAUUUACACAGAGCGUUCUCGAUAAAUGGCAGAAAUUCAUUAUUAUAAUGAUAGAAAAUGAUAGAGUUGGUGACAUUGCACCACUUAUACCGACCGAGCCACCGUUGUACUGCGAUGUUUAUGAUUUUGUUCUGAAAAAGUACUUGGAGAGCAAUCAACUCCCAAUGUUCUCGCAUUAUAGUCACCGGUGGCCAAGGGAGCUUUGGAAUAGUGCCAAGUUCCAAAGUACCUUAGAAGAGCUCAUUGAGCAUAACGACGAAAAUAACUUCGAUUACCGUAAGGAACUAGUCUUUUUACUUCUGACAGAGCAAAUGGAAGUAAAAGCUGUUCCCCAUUUGAUCGUGAUGAAAGAUCCACGAGCCCUGGACAUUAUAAUCUCCCACAAGGUGUUACCAAUGUUUUCGAGCCAGUUGUUGGAAAUCGUUUUACUCCCUUAUAGUGACACAAUUGAAAGCUUGCUGUCCCUAAGUUUGGAAGAUGCACAAAUGAUAUUCAAAAAGUCAAUUGAACUCUUAGUACGCGGUACCCAUAUGGUUGAUGUUUCUUUCAUAGUUGCAACAUUAUCAGAAUCCCCAGCCCUGCGGAUUUUGCUGUUUUUGUUCUUGAAUAAAGCAUCUAAAGUUGAGCCCGUGUUGAUUGCACCAUAUGAGGAUGAUAUGGUCAAGCUUUACUUUCAGUUCGACCACCAACAUCUACUAGACUUUUUGAAGGCAAAGAACAACUAUGAUAUUGACAAGGCGAUUAACAUAUGCGCUGCUGACGAUAAGUGUUUCGAUGAGCUCAUAUAUCUGUGGGGUAGAGUUGGAGAAACCAAAAAGGCCCUUUCACUGAUCAUUGACAGGCAAAAUAAUCCGAAACUGGCGGCCCAAUUCGUGGAAAACUCUGGAGAUCCUGAGUUAUGGGAGUACUUUGUCUCUUACAGUAUGAACAAGCCGGCAUUUAUAAGGGAACUGCUAGACAUGAGGACUGCAAUGGGCAACGGGCAUGCUGGUAUAAUACGACGUAUACCUAGCAACCUCGAGAUUGACGAUCUUCAGCUUGCGCUGGAGAGUGUUACCAGAGAAAACUUUCUUAAUAUCAAUGUAAGCGCGGGCGUUUUCAAGAUAAUCGAUGAUGAAACGACACAAUUUGCACACGAAUUCUUGAGGCUAAGAGAAGUGGGAAAAUGUUUUGAGGUCGAAAAUGCUUGA